UCAACAAACUGACGCACAAGGCGUGUCGUGUGGGUGGCGUGGAGGGUGUGUGUAUGUUCGUAUGGGAGUGCAUCAAGACAGACGGCCAUCACGAAGGGAUGUGCAUGGAUGGCUUCAUGUUCGGGUCGUGUUGUACCCACGACCACAAGGUCAGCAGCCAAGACCACACGAACGACCUGGGGCAGCAGAUAGUGCCUGGCAUCAUGGUGAAGAACUCUAGUGUCACUACCACGACAACCACGACUACUAUAGCAACCACGACCAUGGACCCAUCCUCGUCUUUCACGCCUAGGCCUAACAUACAGAGGCCUAACCCACGGCCGCCGCCCACGACCACCCACACCCCCGCAGAGGAACCACCCACCCCGCCCAUGGGCUCAGUGUGGGCGCAUCUGCCUUCCCACCACCCACACACGCCGCCCAUUGAUACUCCCACGACCCUCACACCCGCUGCCCCGCCCACGCCGCCCACGAGGCCUACACGCCCUCCCAAACCCUCGAAACCAACUAGGCCUAGUGUGACACCAUGGUGGAUGAAGCAACCAACAACCAGCCUGGAGGCUGCUGUCCACAAGACCAACCACCCCUCACCACCACUCCUAACCACCACCCCAAUACCACCACCAACCACCACCACCACUACCACCACUACACCACCACCUACCACCACCACUUACAACACCACCACCACCACUACACCACCACCCACCACAACCACCACAACCACAACUACCACCACUACCACCACAGAAGCGACUACAGCUGGAGGUCCUGUAGUGAGCAACGCUCACACGAAACACCAGUGCGGGGUGCCAACAAUGCCACCACAGCCGGAAGGAAGGAUCGUGAACGGCACUAAUGCCAGGUUCGGGGAGUGGCCCUGGCAGGUGUCUGUAAGAAGGACGAGUUUCUUUGGCUUUUCGUCGACACACAGGUGUGGCGGCGCCUUACUCAACGAGCAGUGGGUGGCCACUGCUGGCCACUGUGUUGACGACCUGCUGACGUCACAAAUCCGGAUCCGAGUGGGUGAGUACGACUUCUCGUCCACGAUGGAGCCGUAUCCGUACGUGGAGCGGGCCGUGAAGCGCAAGGCUGUGCAUCCCAAGUACAACUUCUUCACCUACGAGUACGACCUGGCGCUGGUGCAGAUGGUGGAUCCCCUAGAGUUCCUGCCCCACAUCUCCCCAAUCUGUCUCCCCGGCAACAAUGACCUCCUCAUAGGGGAGAGAGGCACGGUAACAGGCUGGGGAAGGCUCUCAGAGCACGGCAGGCUGCCCUCAAUCCUGCAGAAGGUAAGUAUAAAACGGGGAAGGGAAAGAGAUUUAUGUGUAGCCGUUGCUGUUGUUCCUCAGGGUGACUCAGGAGGUCCGCUGCAGGUUCGAGGCGCUGAUGGAAGAUAUUUCUUGGCCGGAAUCAUAUCAUGGGGCAUAGGCUGUGCUGAGCCUAACCUACCCGGGGUCUGUACCCGGAUCUCAAUGUUUGUGCCCUGGAUCCUGGAGAACGUCACCUAGAUGCCUGGAAAAAUGCCACCUAAAAUAUCUAAGAAUGUGUUACAAUGGUGCUUUUGCCAUCUAGGUGCUUGGGAAACGUCGUUUUAGUCGCCUAGGUGCCACCUAGGUGCCUGAUGUUUCUCAGGUCACUUGGGAAUUGUCACCUGGGAGCCUAGAUAAUGCCACCUAGUGCCUGAGGACUGUCACCCUGAUGCCAAAUGCUCUCAAGGUACCAGAACAAAAUAACACUUAGGUGCCUGACAAAACGGUACCCACGAGCCUAGAAAAGAGCCACCCGGGCACCUGGAAUAUCUAACCCGAUGCCUGAUGAGUGCCACCCAGGUCUGACAUCUAAGAUGGUCACCUGCACGUACAGGAGAACACCCACGCGCCGGAAAGAUAAACCUUCCCCCAAUUGCUCGAAACGUUCAACGUUUACCCGGAUCGUCGAAACAUCGCCUGGCUAUCAGGGGAACGUCACUUGAUAUUCCCAGAUCGUCUUAGAACCGAGAAUAUUUGAGUCAUAUCACCUUAAAUAUUAAUCUGGAUCUCAGAUGAACAAUUGUUAAUAUAUUCUUGGAAAGCACUAAGCCCGUAGGGGCUAUGCACCACCUAGGGAAUGGGAAGUCAUCAGGUUUGAUCCAAGGAAGCCUUGGAUACUAUGUCUCGGUACUGUGUCCCGGUACAUUCGGGAAAUACAAUGAAUUAAAUGUAACUACUCCAGCAACACUGUAACUAUGUCAGCAACACUGUAAUUACUCCAGCAACACUGUAACUACGCCAGGAACACUAACUACUCCAGCAACAUUGUAACUGCGUCAGUAGCACAUUAACUACGCCAGCAAUAUUGUAAUUAUUCCAGCAACACUGUAACUACGCUAGGAACACUGUAACCACGCCAGCAACACUGCAAUGUAACUACAGCAACACAAGUCACCACUGCAACACAGAUUCACAAUACUUCUUGCAUUGAGCAACACCAUAACAUUAGCAUUAUGACAUUCACCAUAGAAAGUUAGACCCGUGUGGGCCUUACAGAGUUGCCCCUCUCUCCAGGCAGAGCCUGGAGAGAGGGGCAACUUUAUUCCCUUGGAUCCAGAGCUUCACCAUCAUCAUCCCGGUACCUAUGAAAAAUUUCACAUCUGAAUCCUU